AUGGAGUCGAUCCCGCCGGUGUACUCUGCUGCCACCAAGCCUGGGAAGCGUUACUCUCCACCAUGGGCGGACUUGAGUAUUAUCGGGAUUGCUGGUAGUUCCGGCUCCGGUAAAACGUCCGUGGCUAUGGAAAUUGUGAAGUCCUUGAACAUACCUUGGGUUGUCAUCCUUGUAAUGGAUUCGUUCUACAAAAGCUUGACUCCAGAACAGCAUGAACAAGCUCAUGCGAACCAGUUUGACUUUGAUAGCCCGGACUCGAUUGAUUUUGAUGCUCUGGUGCAGUGCCUUAGAGAUCUUAAACAAGGAAAAAAAGUAGACAUACCUGUCUAUUCGUUUGUUCACCAUCAACGACAACCGCAAACUACCCCCCUCUAUUCUCCUCAUGUCCUAAUUUUAGAGGGAAUCCUUGCACUUCAUGAUCCGAGAAUCAUGGAUCUAUUAGACGUCAAAAUCUUCGUAGAAGCGGAUAUGGACGUCUGCUUGGGACGUAGAGUUCUACGUGACGUCAAGGAAAGAGGUCGAGACAUUGAUGGAAUCAUCAAGCAGUGGUUCACCUUCGUCAAGCCUUCAUACAAAAGAUAUAUUGAGCCUCAAAGAUCAGUUUCAGACAUCAUCAUUCCUCGAGGCAUUGAAAACAAAACAGCUAUUGGAAUGGUUGUGCAACAUAUCCGGCGUAAUCUGGAAGAAAAAUCCGAGAAGCAUAGUGCAACCCUCCAAGAGCUCCGGCGCAUUGCAUCUGAAGAACAGCUAUCUCCCAAUGUCAUAAUGAUGCCGCAAACACCGCAGUUUGUUGGCAUGAACACUAUACUUCAAAAUCCGGAAACGGAACAAGUCGACUUUGUCUUUUAUUUCGACAGGCUCGCUGCGUUGUUGAUUGAAAGGGCCCUAGAUGGCACUUCAUACACACCUAAAGCAGUAGAAACGCCUCAACAUACAAACUAUGAUGGGCUGAACCAGGAAGGAAUCGUAUCCGCCGUUGCUAUCUUGAGAGGAGGAUCAUGCCUCGAGACCGCUCUUAAGCGGACAAUUCCUGAUUGUAUCACCGGCCGUGUCCUCAUCCGGACAAAUGAACGCAAUGAAGAGCCCCAAUUACAUUAUCUCAAAUUGCCACCACGUAUUGAACAGCACUCUACGGUCAUGCUCCUUGACCCCCAGAUGUCAAGUGGAGGUGCAGCCUUGAUGGCGGUUCGUGUGUUGAUUGAUCACGGCGUGACCGAAGACAAUAUUGUCUUCGUUACUUGUGCAGCUGGUAAAUCAGGCCUCAAGCGGUUGAGUGCCGUAUAUCCGCUCGUCAAGGUCAUUGUUGGAAGGAUCGAAGAGGAGAGAGAACCUCGAUGGAUGGAGAACAGAUAUUUUGGAUGCUGA